AUGGAUGGAUUUUAUAAGUUGCCAGGGCUCAAGUGCAAUGCAGCAAAGUGCCAGUUGUUUUGUGCAGGGAUUUCCAAAGAGGAGACACAAUAUAUCUCAGGUAUCACAGAAUUCCCACUGGGAACUCUGCCUGUUCGAUACUUAGGGGUGUCGUUGAUCACUGGUAAACUUACACGACAGGACUGUCAAGUUCUUGUUGAUAAAAUUACACAGAGAAUGCGCAGUUGGAGAUCGAGAUUACUGACAUAUGCUGGGAGAAUCCAACUCAUCUCCACUGUGAUCACUAGUACGUUGCAAUAUUGGCUGAACAUUUUUCUGCUUCCUCAGUAUAUCAUCAAGGAAGUUGAGCGAUUAUGCAAUGAGUUUCUUUGGGAUUCUGCUGUGGAUGGAAGUCGGGCACGUGCAGUGAUGGAGUGGGACAAACUUGCAUUACCUAAACAGGAAGGAGGACUGGGGAUUCGUAACUUCAGUUUAUGGAACAAAGCGUGUGUCCUAAGGCAUAUUUGGGAGGUCUUAACUUUCGGAGGCUCUCUUUGGGUGGCGUGGGUCACUAGAUACAUGUUGAAGCAUAAGAAUAUACGAGAGGUGUCUGGUACAUCUGCUGGAACAUGGGUAUGGAGGAGAUUCCUGAAAUGUAGAGAGUUUGCUUACCCUCACGUUACAGGGGUUCCUCCUCAUGUGUUAUGGCAAGGUGAGCAAAUGCAAAAGUACUCUGUUAAGAGGGUUUGGAAUUCUAUAAGAUCGACCACGAGAAGUGAGCUUGUGGAAGCUUGUAUGCUCAAAGGAGAUAAUCCCCAAGCAUGGCUUUAUUUUGUGGUUGGCUAUGCGUAA